UCCAGCAUAACCCGAUUCUUCUUUUGGAGCAAUAUUUCUCCACCCUCCCAUGGCAACUUUUUGGAACUAGGGCUAGAGAGUACGUGAAAGUACAACAAUGGCGUUUUGGUGUAGAGUGAAGAAUUCCAAAAUCAAGAUCCUAUCAAUUCAUUUGAAAAGGUGUUAUUUCCAAUGCCCUCAUGGUUCCAAUUCGCUCAUUGCCAGUGCUUCACAUCCUUCAGUCCGAGUUUUCGGUAACUCCAGCUUAACUAUCCCGAAGAGUCCGUUCGAACUUUCGCAAAGUGUCAGGUGUUUCGCUGCACCUGUACAGGCGAAGACGAGGAAGGAAGAGAAGGAUACAAGUGGUCCCAGAUUGAAUCGCGAGAUCACCGCGGAUAUUGUUAGGCUUGUACUUGACGAAGGUCAUCGCGUAGUGUCAAUACGUGAAGCUUUGGAACUUGCGAGAAGUCUCAACCUUGAUUUGGUGGAGGUGGCACGGAACAGCAAACCACCUGUCUGCAGAAUUAUGGACUACCACAAAGAAAAAUAUCAACAACAAAUGAAGGAGAGUGCUAAAAAAAGCAAGUCUGAGUUAACUUUGAAGAAGGGGGAUUGUAAAGAAGUCCGAUUUGUUGGUAAAAUUGAAAAAAAGGACUUGCAAAAUAAAGCAGAUACAGUUAAACGGAUGAUGGAGCGUGGCUAUCGGGUGAAGUGUACUGCCAUGUCCAUGGGUAAUGAAGGAGAGGAUUUGGGAGCAGUGCUAUCACGUUUCUCUCCUCUGAUUGAAGAUGUUGCUUGUAUUGAAAGUGGACCAAGAGUGGAGAAAAAGCAGGCAUAUAUUGUUGUCAGGCAUGUUAAGUUUGGUCCAUCAAAGAAAGGCUCGGCAAAGAAACCAUCAAAAGAAUACAGGACUGCCAUCUCUGCGGAGGAUUCUAACGAAUCAGCAUCAGUAGCACCUGAAAGUUUUUCAGAAUCGAAGCAAAAUUGUGAUACUUCUGAAUCUAGUAUUGAAAGUGACGAUGAUAGCUGUGUGGAAGCAAUGACUGAUGAAGAUGUUGAUAACGCCAGAUCAGGUUGGAGAAUCUCCAGUGCAAAUGGUGAUUGUGACAAGGUUUUCGAUCUUGCAGAGAGUGCAAAGAAGGGUGCUAAAACACUAGGUUCUGCAAAUGUUUCUUCAGAUCUGCAAAGUAGUUUCAGAAGAGAAUCAGGAAACACAUUGCAGGGUCCGUCAGGGGAAGAAAAUAGGUAUAAAAGAGACCCAAGUUUGAGGAGUACAAAGAUGGCGGACACCGUAUCUGAUCUAGGAAGGCAACUACCAUUGGACCGGAAUACUUUGUCACACACUAGAGACGUUGGAUCUCAGUUCCCGAGGAAGUUUCCUGAGCAACAUCCUUCUCAGUCUAGUGGUCGAAGUUCUCCAUCCUCUGGUUUUGGUAUUUUUAGCUCUCCACAAGCAGACAGGAACCCAGGCAAGGAGAACAACGUUGCCACAGAGAAUAGGUACAAGAAAAGUGAGCAGUUUAAUUCUGGAAGGAACUCUAGUGGUUCAGAUCCUAGAGGUUUACCUAUGGCUAAUGCUGAAGCUAGAAGACCUGAUCUUAGUAGGAGGGAUGGUCAAGGGAAAUACCCGAUCUUUGGUGACAGCGCAAACAUGAAGCCUAACCACAACUCGGAAACUCAACGCUAAGCUGCAGAAAUGAUCCAAAUUUUGUUUCUACAUUUUGAGCAGAGCAAAUAAUCUGAUAUACACAUUUUAUAUUGAGGGAUGCAUCUGAUAUACAGUACAUCUUAGGCUGAUUUUCUGUUUUACCAUGUCAGCCACACCCUCAUUCAGUCGAUCUUGAUAGUCAGAAGUGUCUGGUACGACAUUCAUUCUAUUGAAUAUUCUAGUCUCGAAACUGGUGGUGCAUGGCUAGAGCCUGUCAGUCUCCCCAUCAAUUUGUUUGUAAUUCAAUACGUUAACAUCUUAUU